CAUGGCCGAACAGAUGAUAUAUUCACUUGCAGUGGUAAACAGUGUGUUUUAUUAUGAGCAAACAAUAUUUUUCUAACCUGUAAGCACUAAUGGAAAAUGGAUGAAGUUGUAGCCAUAGAAGGGGAAUUAAAUGCUAUUGUUAAGGAGGUAGGCAUGAAAUGGAUUACUUCAUGACCAAUUUCAACUCUAAUUCGGUAUUGUGUAUGCCUAACCUUGUUUCCUUAGCAAUAUGAAGAAACGAAGGAAGGAGUCAUGGAUGACAACAGACGUACCCUCUUACAAUUUAUAUAAACAUGUGAACAGUAAGCUCGGACGUCAGCAUAGAAAGGCGGCAGUGGCAGCCGCUAUCGGUCCAUUUUUUAUGAGCUUACAGCCUAUCCAACCCGUGACUGAUGUGACUGAUAUGUGAAGGUUGGCCUCAGCACCGGGGUCUACAUCCUCUACUUUUUUUGAACAGUGGUUUGGGUUCUUUUUCCUCCCACAAGAACUAAAUAAGUGAAGUGCUCUGAGAUGGAACCUACAGUUUUUCGACCUUAUUAGAGAAGACUAGAAAGUCUAACCAUUUGCAGAUGUCAUCACAAAGGCAGAACUUUCUUCUCAGUAAUUUGAAGACCCUGAGUGUUGGUCUGGCCGAGGUUCGAACCCGCGACAUCCUGCUGAGCAGAGCGGCGCACUCCCAACUGAGCUAACGGGGUGGUGGUAUUAAGAUAUUGGGCUUGAUUGCAUUAAUCAAAUUGUGUGGAUAUACCUUUGCAAUGGUAAUGCAUCAUUCAAUUCCACCUGUGCCCAGCCCCUCCCCCCUCUGGGCUACUGCAGGGCAUUUGCCCGCCUUGUCAGUCCCAGGGGUGGGACAUUUGUAAAUUUUGCACUGCCCGGGGCCAUUCCCAAGUUUUUGACACUCAUGCAGUUUCCUAUCAGAAUGUAACUAUCCACAGAGGGUUUUACUGAAAAAACAGGCAGAUUGGCUCAUCUGUCAAGGACAGGAAUAAAUUGAAGACGGUUGUAAAGGCAUGUUCUCAAUUUUAUGCCUGCAUUUCUUCAUUGCUUAUCAAGCCAAAAUUACGUAGCGAAAUUGGAGCUAUCAAUGUGAAUCAAUGUUUUUUGGUUAUUGAAUCAAAUUUCUGUUGAUAUUAUUUGAAGAACAUCCUUUCAUAUUUAUAAAACUAUUCAUAACAUAUAACUUUACAGCACUCUAGUAAUUUUAAUGUCAAUAAUUUUAUAUCAGUACUAAAACCAUCAACUGGUUCAUGUCAUUGUUAGAAUCGUUAGAAUCCUAUCACCAUUACAAAGGAAGACAUUAAUAAUAUUGAAACAAAAAAUCGCACAUUAAAAUGCUUAAAAUGGCACUAUUCGACUGUGCGAUCAAUGAAAAAUGUUACAGUGUUGAUGGAGGACGGGGCAUUUGCCCUCUUUUUUCGUCCACACCCUGGGGAUUUGCAAAAAAAAUGCCAAUGCUUGGGGGUCACCCAAGGGGGGAGGGGGGUGCUGGGUGCAGGUGGAAUUGACUGAUGCAUAAACUGUAAACAUAUUUUUUACUCCAAAUUCUUAGUAUCUGGAUUUUCUUGGCUACUCAAGAACAUCAUCAACAUUUGAGGGAGAGUUAGGAUCACUAGGAAAGCAACUGAAAAAUGAGACAACUUCACCCAGGAAUGACUCCCAGAAAAAUGAUAUUCAGGUACAGAUUAGGGACUGUACAUUAUUAUAGCUUAGGAGGGGCGUGGGGAUUUUUAAACCAACUCAAGCAUUUUAGAAAUGUAGCCCUCCCUAAAGUGUCUUUAUCCGAAACUUACCCCCCUCGUAUAUGCAACAAACCACAAAUCCCCCCCCCCAAAAAAGAAGAAGACACACAAGGAACAGCUAUUUGUUACAAGGUUUAUAUUCCUGUAAAAGCAGGAGUUAAGCUAGUCCUAGAGUAAAUAUUAUCAAGGUAAUUAAUAAAAUUGUGAUGUUUUGAAAUAGAUACCACUUGCCAAUAAACCACAGUUGAAAGUAAUGCUAUCCAUUAUCCUCCGUGUACAAGUAGGAUACAUUUGCAGAGCUGGUAGGCUUAAUGUGGGUCCAGAGAAGAUCAGAUUUGAGGGAGAAAACAAUGAAAGCUGGAAAGCUGUUUGUAAAGGCUAGAUGUGUACACACUGUUAUUGGAACACAGAAACUUAGAGCCUGAGUUACUGACAUGUACUGAGUUCUAUAGUAAAUACCAAAUUGUAAGUAAGCUCCUUUCUUUUCCUCUUUCAUUGCAGCAGAAAAUGAUGGUGGCCUUUGAGAGUGGAAGAUGUACUGAAUUCUUCAGAAUGUGGAACCAAUAUGUGCCAGAUGAUUUUCAAGAAAAUGAUCAGAUAUGUCAGAAAUUACAUUUCAACAUCAACAUUUACUUUGCAAUCUAUCCUAUUACGCAUGGUAACCAGGUACUCCGUCAGUUAUCAUAAUGAUGUUUCUAGUUCUAUGUAGUGUAGGAAAAAGUGCCGGCACUCUUUAAUAGUAGCAGUAACAAUAGAAGUAAUAACAUGUUUUGUGUUGCGGUUCACAUUUUCCUUUGGUUUGGAAAUUUUCAAAACAGUUUUGAUUUGUGUUUUUCUUUUGUCAGUCAUUAUCAUUAUUAUGUUUUGAGUAGAAAGAAAUGAAUAAUACAGAAACAGAGAUCAAAAUUUAUAGGAGUCUAUAAUAUAGGUGGCGGUUUUGUUUGAGAAGUGCAAAAAUGUGCUGCAAGCCAUGAAAAAGGGCCAUUUAAUUAAAUAAACAGCAAAAAUUAAGGAAAAAUUGAGUGUUAUUUGCACACUCAAUAAAGAAAACCCCCAGCUGCUAUGCAGGCUUAAUAUGAAAAGUAACAAAAAUAAUAAUUUGAAGUGUGGUCAGUUUAACUACAAUACAAAUGACAAUUCAGUGAACUUGUUUAUUGUGAUUCUUCUUACUUCUUUUUUCUUUUUCUCUUGUGAUUUUCUUAGGACAGGCAAGAACUGGAAAGGUCAAUGCAAGUUUUUAAGGGUUACCUUGAAACUAAAGGAUCUGCAUUAAGCCAAACAACAGAGUUCCUUCCUUACUAUGCACUGCCAUAUAUUCCAGAUCCUACAUCUCAUCCAUCUUUCAAACCCCUCUUUGUGGUAAGUCACCAGUCAGUGCUUGGCAGGGUUUUUGAUAGAAUUACACAUAGGUGUUAGCAGAUGUAGAAUGGUGUAGAUCCUAGAGGCUGUUAUUUUGCCAUUAAUCCAGACUUUCAUAGUGUUCAACUUAAAGACAAAAAAAUGAUUAUAUAAUUCUACCCUACUCUAUCCUACCCUCUUAUAGAUUAUGUAUACUAAUAUUAAAAUAGGCACUGAUGCGCCUUUAUUUUUGGUAUUAGUAAUAUGUCAGGCAUUUUAGUAGAAAAGGUGUUCAAGAGAAGAACAGAAUGCUUGCAAGGAUCUAGUUUUGUGUGUUUUAUAUGUUUUGUUAUUUUAAUUCAUGUUCAACUUGCUAUGUACAGAGCUCAUGGAGUUUUGAUCUCAAGAACAAAGUACAAGAUUUUCUAGCUUCUACCCUUAAAUCCCAAGAAAAGCCGAAGCUGUUUACUUUGUACAGAGAAAAUGUAACAGAAAUAGAGAGAGAAAGGAAACUAUAUAGUGAACAGCUAAAGAAAUUGCAAACUCAACUAACCAGAAGAGAGCAACGAUCAUCACAGUAUCAGAAGAGAUAUUCUAAGAUACAGGUACUGCAUCCUUCUUUAAUAGAGAAGAUAACUGACUCGCCUAAGCCACCCCUCCCCCUUGGCUUAGCUUACCUUAUAUCCUAAGUACUGUUUCUUAACCAUCAGCUAUCGCUAUGAUACAGUACUUAGAAGGGAAGAAGGGAAGUGCUAUAAUUAUUGUAAUAAAGGAGAAAUUUAUCUUUAAUUCUUUGAUGUGGAAAUUAAACCUUUUUGGAGAGACAGGUCAGUGCAGGAAACAAGACUUCUGGAGAUGAGAAAGGUGUGAGUGAAACAAUGCUUGUAUAAUAAAGUCCUAUAUCACUUACAGUAUAUUUAUAGAGGGAGAUAAUAAUAUUAUUCUCUUUCACUUCUAGUUCCUACCUGUUGUAUUUCCCUUUGUAGGCAGAUUAUCACAAACUCAUAGGUAUUGCUGCUGAACUAGUGGACUCACUGGAAGAUACAGUCCGUGGUAAAAUGGUAACCAACAGUUUUGUGACUAGUUUUGUCAAGUUUAAAGUUAAAUCAGUGGUGGAUUCAGAUCUCUAAGUAAGUGGGGUGGGGUGGGGUGAGGCUGCUGUUCCAGACCCUAAGAUAAGAGACGAACUAGCUGACCUUGAAAUGUUUUUCUUGGCCAUUCAGGCCUCAGUUUAGCCUUAAAAUAAGUCCAUUGGGUCCACCUUUAUGUGGCUAAAUAUGCAUAUUUUUGUUGCAUUCUGGUGUAACAGUUAAUUAAAAGUUCUAAUUUGGAAUUUUUUCUUAAAAUGAAAUGAAGCAUGAUUUAGUAUCAGCUCCUUUCAAAGCAACAUUCAAUUUUUCUAAUAAUCUCCUGCAAUGUAGAUAUAAGCCUGCCACAUUGCCAAAUGCAUUACAUAUUAAGCACCAAGAUGUUACACUGUCACUGACACACACUAAUGUAUCUUACUAAUUCGGUGAACGAAGUCAGUAGUGACCAAUUUUGUUGUUAUUUUGUUUUGGCCAGGUGACACCUGAGUAUCUUCAAAACAUUUGUGUUAGACUGUUUGCUCCCUCAAAUGGAGAAUCAGUUGACAUAAGCAAACCAGGGACGGUGAGCUGCAAUUAUUAAUAAAUAAUUUUGUAACUAAUGAAUGUAAUGUAUCUUCAUUUUUAGCCAUUUCUGAAAGCCCAGAAUAACUGCUCUUGAAAGAAAAGUAAUAUGCCUAAAGAAAGGUUGGAUGGAACAAUAUAUAACAAAAAUAUAAAAGGGAGACUAUCAUUACACAAUAAUGUUUGUCACUGGUAACUUAGGACAGUAAAUUAAUUACCACCUUGUGUAGUUUUUGAUCUAAUAUCAAGAAUUUGUUCCUUUUUUUAAGGCAAGUUCAAUACUGAGAGCAUCUUUGGCAUAUGAUGAGCUACCCAGGUUGGGUAUUAUACUGCUGUUUAUAAAUGACAAUAGCUCAAGCCAUGAGAUCUAAAAUACCAUAUAAAGUCAUAGCCUUGUGCUGUUUAACUUGUCUCUAAGCUCUACAUGGUCACAUGUAUGUCAUUACCAGCUCAAUCAAUAGGAAGUUAACCUAAUGUUUUUAUUACCCAGCAUUACUUUUUACAAUAGUUAAAAUGAAAAUCAGGUUCCAGCUUUUUUGUGAACCUCUCCUAGCAAAUGUUUGCUCACAAACUUUUUAUCCCUGGUUCUGUCACCAGGACUUAAACCAAUUUUUACCUUGCAGUAUGUACUUUAGACACUGCCUUAAUAACAUUUACCGCUGAGUCAGAAAAUUAUUACACUUCUUGUACUUAUUGCAAAAUUACUGUUAUUCCUCAAAGUCUUGAAACCAUCAAUAUUGCCACUAACAGUAAUUCAGCAGAUUUUUCAUGUUUUUCAUUUAACAUUCAGACUUGCAGAAAGUGUUGAUAUUCCGUACAAGCCGUCUCUUGACUAUGACAAGAUAAAAACAGAUCUGCUUACUUUACCUGAGAGAAAGAGGGCAUUUCUUCUACAAGCCUUAAGAUGGGUAUGCUGUGAAAUUAUUGAACAGAACAAACAAGAUUUAUUUUUAUUUCUAAUUGAUUCUUAAUUCAUUCUUUCCUUCUCCUUAUUGUUUUACAGAAUCUUACCCAAGCUAUUACUAAUGAACAACGAGACAGCAUUGUUAAUACAUAUGUUGUCCAUGACAUUCUUGGCUGCUCUGUUGCUGGCCAUGUGAGGGUGAGAUGUAUUGAGUAUGUAUUUAUGCCUGUUGUAAUUUACUCCGUCUGUGUAUUCUUUGUGUAUAUGUGUGUGUACCCCUUCUAUUUUUAGCACAAGUGUCAUGUGCAAUAUAUUUAACCAUCAACUGCUACAACUGCAAUUAUUAAAAGAAACAACUGUCCGUAAUGUUUGCAUAACAAUAUUCUCAGAUUGAGUGUGAUCCUUGUGAUCAUGAUGUGAUAGUGGAAUUAGAUCUUCUAAACAGCCAAAUGCAGCAGUUCCUGUAGGGAUUGUCUAUGCCAGUAACUAUUGUUUGUUUGUUUGUAUGUUGUUUUUUUAUAGAAUGGAAUAUUAGAUAUUUUGACUUCCCCAAGUGAGAUGUCCAGACAGUAUUUGGCAAGGUUGUUUAAUGCCCUUGCAUCACUUUCAGCAGGUGAUUCAGCACUUAUCUAAUGACUAAUUUUAUUGUUAGCAAUAGUAAUAAUUAUUGAAAUUGUGAGGGUGACUAUAAUAUCAAAGGUAAUAUACAACUAUCCCCCGAAGGGGAGAUGAAUAGUGUUGGAUAUAUACCAAGACGCAAAUUUACCAAAUCAGUUGGGUAAAACUGAAAAAGGAACUUUUUGUAAAUUAAAAACAUCACUGUCUUAGAAGGAACUUUGUUUACAGUUUACAAACAUUUGGAGGAUUUUGUCCAGUGCAUUUUACGAUUUUGUUGCAAAUUCAGCAUGAAAAUAAUUUUCUACCUACCAGUGAACACUGACAAGCCAAAUUAAAGUUCGUCGUUUUCUUGGUAUUAAUUUUGUUUUUUACGACUGGUUCAUGUAUUGCACAAAUGUCAUCUUCCAAAAAAUAUGUAUCGAAACAAGACGCCAUUUUGGAUCCAUUUGCAAAGCAGUGAAUAACAACGGACAUUCUGUGUUACGGGAACCAAUCAAAGCGUGCAAAAAUUGUUCUUUAUUUCACUGAUUUGGUAAAUACGAAUGAUUAUUGUGUAGAUUGAGGAAGCUGUUAUUUAAUUAGCCUGGGGGAUAACAACCUCCAGUCAAUAUUGUUUUGGUUCAGGUGUUGGAGACUACAGGUUUUUUUUUUAGUAUUGGUAUUAUAUGCAUCAUGGCUUGAUGAUCUGUGAGUUGCAGUUUAUGCCUUCAUAAAUCAAUGAUUGGUUCUCUUUCUUCAACUUGUUGAAAUUCAUGUGAUAAUUCAUGCAUUUCUUUUUCCUUAUAGGUCGCUCUUACCUAGCACAUAACCCAUCCCUUGUAUAUGCCUUGCUGACAGCACUAAAAAAGGAGCCCAAAACAUCUCUUACCAGUGAAAAUAUCUUGGGAACCUUGCAAAAACUUAGUCUUAGGUGAGAUUAAAUUGAUUACUUAAUAUGUACAUUAAGGAUGAGCUACAAGACCUCAUGGCAAUGAAAGUGAAGAUAUGAAAUAUGUCUAGCUUCCUUCAGGAAGGAUGCUGGCAUGGGGAAAUAUUGGGAUCAAAUUUUCACUGUAUUUCGGAGCUCCUUCAAAUUUGUUUAGAUAAGAAAGUUGUUCAAGUUAGUUCCACACUACAAGUUAUUCACCUUGUAACCCACUGCAUAACUCAAGUUGAGAGGUGACUCACCAAAGUAGCAGCAGUCCCAGUGGAUACACAGAACUGAUGAAAUAAUAUGUUAUAUAACGACUGUCAUACUUACAGAGGUUUACAAUGGCUCUGAAGUCUGUGUGAAGAUGACUCUCCCAUCUAAAUUGCUUAAAAGGGAUGGUAUCUGCACACAGGGUAUGACUUUGUUAUAGAUAACAAACAAAUAUUCCUGUUUUAGACGCCAAAUGCAGUCAAUCAUGAUUGAAGAGGAUUUGAUUCAGUGGUUGUCGCAGCUGUUGACAGAUCAUGACAACUUGUCAGAUUACUCUCUGGAAUACUCUGUUGCAUUGCUCAUGAACCUCUGCUUACGUUCUGCUGGUAAAUUUUUAAUAAUUCUAAAAUAAUGUUGCUUAGUUUAGUCAGAGUAGGAAGACCAAUGAUUCCUUUUAGUUGAUAUUAUGUCAAAUAAGUGUCACUGUUGUGUAUUUUUAAAAGCACUCAAAAGCUACCAGGUUCACUUCCAGUUAACGAAUCAAAAUGGACUGGUUCUUGCAUUAGAAUCACCAUAUACUACUAAUUAGGUUGUAGUUUCAAAAUACAGCUUUGAAUUGCUUCUGAGAAACAGAGUCUAUAGGGAGUUGUGAUGGGCACUGUGUUUAGAGGUGGGCCAUGAACUCAGUUCCAUCCACUGCCCGCCCUGUUUAUAAACCUGGCAUUUUCUCAGGAUGAUAAUAUAAAAUGUGCAAAGUAUGUAGUAAUAUUCAAACUAAUGCAUUUUCUUAGGAAAGAGGAGAUGUAUCAAUGAUGCUGCUCACAUCCUUCGUGUGCUAAGUGAUCUUUUAGGACAUGAGAAUCAAGAGGUAAGUUUAAUUCAAUAGCUAUAAAACCUGGUUUAUUUUGGUAAUGCAGGUCAGCGUUGACACAUUUUCUGUCUGCCAUCUUUCUGUAACCCAAUGAAUUACUCUAAACUAUUUUUAACUUGAUUGCAAAAGUCAUUAUCAUUUAUACCACAACAGAUUCGUCCGUAUGUGAAUGGGGCUUUGUAUAGUAUUCUGGCAUUACCAGCUGUGAAGGAGGAGGCAAGAGCCUUGGUAAGCUGCUGCUGCUGCUGUUGCUUUGCUAAUGAGUUAACCCUUAAAUGGUAUUGUCAAACAGGCGCCUGAUUAAAAAUAAUUAAAUUCUAAAGUUCUUUUCUGACCCUGAAUCAUAGGCGUUUAAAUUUCCUCAAAUUUGCAGAAUUAACAGGUUUUAGUUCCCCUUACAAUGUGUUACUCUUAUUGACCGCGGAUCUUGGUCAUAAACAUAAUCUCUGAGAAUGACAAGUCACUGAUUCACAGGAGGAUGUCCUAAUAUUCAUUUAAUUCUGUCACUGAAGAUCGUAAAUUAAUGGACUUCUGUAUCUCCAAAAAGCACUUUUUACGAGCCUGAAGUUACGCUUUUUGAUAAUUGCACAUUGAAUUCCCUCAUUGAAAACAGCUCUGAAAUGUGGCUCAUUGUAGUUUUUCCCAUAAAUGGAGAUGUACGUUUCAAGGACAAUCUUGAAGUGAUUGUUGCCACUGUUCAAUUCGUUCUUACAGGGAAUGGAAGAGAUCCUUGAGUGUUUCCUUAAAGAUGACAAUCCGGAUAUGACCAGACAGAUCCAAUUUAUCAUCAAACAGCUUAACUCUGGUUAGAACAUUAUAAUGCAUUACUCAAGUGCUUUAAUCGUAACCUUUAUAACGUACUGUUUCGGUGCGGGUAGCGGUUACUGCAGUGGUUUGUUUUUCUGAUACUGAUAUAAUCCCUCAAUCCCUGUCAGAUGUUGCAGUGCCCUGUGGGUUCCAGGCUCCGGGUCAUUUUGUGGAAAAGCAAGCGCGAGAAACAGAAAAUGUUCUUGAAUGUUUUGUUUUUUAUCUUAGAGCCUAGAACAGGCUAAAUGUUGUUGCGAAGAACGUGGUAGGUGCUUAAUACUCAUUGUCUAAGGUAGCCCGAGAGAAUUAAUCUCUAUAAAAACUGUUUGGUAUUUUUGCAGAUGAUCCAUCAGCCACAAAUACACCAGAAUCUGAUGAUGAAGAUGAGGAAGAUGAUGAUGAUGUGAGUUUAUAAGAUGAUCGUGAUACUUCAGGAAAUUCGAGUAAGCCUGUGGCCUUUCCAGUCACCGUUCGCUCUGACAAAGGGUUAGCUACGCGCAGACCGCCAGCCUCUAUCUCUGGCUCCACGGUGGCCAGUUUACUUCCAUUACCGACUGACUCAGUUGAUAAAACAAAAUUCUGGAACGUGGGGUACAUUUAUUUUAAUGAAAGAUUGUUUUAUUAAGUAAAGUUGGUAAAUUGUGUUUCAUACAGGAGGGCGACGCCAUUGAUGCAGAGUUAGAUAAACAAGAGAUUCUUUUGGCGACUGAAGGAGAACUGUGUGGAGAAGAGUUACUUAUUGCUCAUUAUUCAACGGUGAGCUCAAAAACUUGUUUACCUCAGUAAAUGUUACAUAAACUAAUCUUAGCAGUAUUUGAUGUUAGAUGGUAAAAUAUAGCGGUCGAAGUUCCCUCAAACCCGGGAUACCCUUGGGAAUCUGACAAACUGUUCGCAACCGGGUACUGGUUCAGCUUGCGGAAAUGGUUGCCUGUAUUAAAGUGGAGACUCGAAACGGGUUUUUACAAGUUAAGGCGUCUGUAAGUACCACUUUCCCCCACUUGCGCGAGUUUCCGUUAUGGGAACUUUGACCGUGGCAUGGUCUUUAAUCAACUGAUAAAAGACGUCUAUAUGUUAGACGGACUUAAGACGAAAUAAGAACUGGAUGUGUAACAAAUUAUCCAUCAUGUUUUGCGACACAAAACAACAAGAAAUCAGAAAGUUGUUUGUAUAUUAAACAAUUUUCGCUCUUGGAUUUUUCAUUGCUUUUAAACAGAACAACAAACAAUCUGAUGAGCUGAAGAGCAAGAAAAAGGUACCUUGCAGGUCAUUUCUCUUUUGUACACUGAAUAAAUGGCAAAAUAUCUGAGUUUUUUCGUUACAAAGUUAACUUUGCAAGUUACAAGGUUUCUUGCUUUUAAUGAUGAGGAACGAAUGAACGGUUACCUUAAAAGGAAAUUAGUUUCUCAAGUAGACGAAAUUAUCGAGCUACAUAAAGCUGGAUUUCGAGCCAGGCGUAGCAAACUAGACGAAAAACAGUCACGAUAUAGUCCAUUCAUUGCCAAGGCUUGUAAGGAAGGCUCCUUUCAGGGCAGCCGUUGUUGUCGCUUACGGCUGGGAGACAGUUUUUGCGACGAGUCAAUGUAUCGUCGAGUUGAAGAUAAGCUUUUAAAAACUGUGGCCUUGUUAUGCAGAUCGAGAGCCGCCGUUCGCAGAGAAUACAUGUCUCUUGCCUACUGCACGAACGAAGCGAUGUACCGCCGCUGUUUCUAUUUUCAUCUGCUACAUUAUGAAAACUAACAAGUCAAGUGUUCAGAACUAAAAUUGGGCAAUAAUAAAAUAGUCCAUUUUUAAAAACACAUUGCUUUGGUUUUGCGUGUAACAUUAAAAAAGUUGUUGCCUUUGCGCUAUUUUAGGCAAAUUUACUACUAAGUUCUGCAUUAGAAACUGAAAGUAACUGCAAUAAAGAUAAAAAUCUUUUAUUCCUUUCUAGAUUUCAGUUGGUCGUGAUCAUCCCUUAACUAGGCCAACUACUCCAGGAGUAAGAACAUUAGAAUCAUUUCAAGGCGAGUAUUAUGAUAAUUACAAUAGCCAGUCCAAUAUUCAAUAUGAUGUACGAUGUACAUUCAACAUAGACGAAACUAAAAACUAAAUAACUAACAGUCCAUUGUUUUAUUUUAUUAUCAGAACAUGUUUCCAGACCAACAACUUCAACAAUGGAGCCGUCACGGCCUGAACAGCAGGUGUGUGUUGGUCGGACUGUGCAUCAGUCGCUUCUAAAUUGUCCAGCAAACUUUAAUUCCCCUCUUGGCCCAUUCGGUCUCUCCAGUCCAACCGAGCCUUGAGUCGACUGGCUGAAAACUGGGGACUUCCCUUAUGUCUAUACCAAAAUCACGGGGUGACUCCAUAAACUGAACGGCUGUAAAGAUAUAUAUUGGUGUUUCCUCAAUUCAAUUGCCGAAGAAGCUUUGCGUAGUCAUUGCAUUAAAUUUAACUUUGAUGUUCUUCAAGGAUUUUUGCAGACUAUAUGAAAUAUAGUUAUAUGAAAUACUUGACGUGGUGCUUCAUCCCAUAACCAGGUCAUUGCUAUGUCGGACGGCAGCGGAUGAUAAUGAUAGCUCAGUGUUUUGAUUGGUUUCAGGUGCGACCUUCAACGUCAUCUAAAUCAAGGAGGGCGCCUGAACCGACAUCAAAUGCAGCAGCGGCAGGAGCAGACGGUGAAGCUUAAUUUAUUUAAACAUUCGUUCCUUUUCACCGUCUAACUUGUGCACCACACUGAAUUAAUAUUAUGCAAUAACUUGCAAUGUUUAUUUAAAAAUAGAGAUUGUACACGUUGAAAAUAAGUGGCCUAAUUCAGGUCAUCGUAACUGAAAUUAUGAUUAUUAUUAUUAGUAUUAUUAGAAAAAAGCGAUUAAGCACCUUUUCUCAACCAGUCAGAAACAAACAAAUAAGGAACUUUAGCUUAGUAGGACAAAAAGUUAUUUGAAUGCCCACGCUGUUUUUGAUGACGACUAUGGUUGUAAUGAAUCACCCUUUACAAAAAUGUUUACGCCCUCGACCAUCAACUGCGUGGUAAGUUAUAUUAGAUCUUUUGUGUAUCUCUGAUGGCAUGGGUUUACGGCUUUUAGCCAAGCUGCACUCCCUUAGGCCCGUUGUGGCCUAUUUCUCCGAAAUGAGAUUUUUUAUUAUGUCGACGAGGAACGGUUUUGGCACCAUAACCUUAUGUCUCUUUUCCUUUCAGAAAAACCUCGAAGUGCAGCGAAAGUGAGUUACUACUGCUUAAUAAUGGCUAGUGUUUGUCAAUGAUGUCUGUAUUGUGUUUAGUUAGUUUCAGUACAGGAGUAAGUAGUUGUAUAACAUUCCGUCUGGGAGUAGGCGGCAACGUUAUCACUAAUUUCUGUUGUCCUUCUGAGGGGGCCGCUGAAGCACCAGCACAGCCGAAAAUAUCCCUAUCAUGUCUGACAAUUCUAAUUGGAAGAGUUCGGUAAUGCAAGCAUUACUCUCAUGACUGCCUGGUGAAAUAUAAUGAUCUAACAUUUGUUUCUACUAAUUUGUCUUUUCAUAUAAAGGGAACCGAGGUCACUGGGUCAGGCCAGGCCUCCCGGCUGCAUCCGUAAGUUCUUCUGCCAAUACCUGUAAUUUGCACUAUACAGGGUGUUUCAAAAGUUCGUUCCCAUUUUUUAUUCGCUUAAAUUUCACUAACUGUUAACAAAAAACCUUUUGUAAAACUUAGUAUGUUAUUCAUUAUUCAUUUAACAUUGAAUAACUAAAAUAUUAGUAAACAGAAUGUCUUCUUCUAUGUUUCUGACAUUUUCUAAGCAGUGAGGUAUAGAAUGUACGAGCUCCCAAAGCGGGUCCAAAGUCACAUUCUUCCAGGCGAAACGUAGUCACUGUCUUAGCUCGUCCACUGUAUUGGGGGCUGGAUCUUUGUAUGUUGUCUCGUCUACGAUAAUCCAGAUGGUCUCUAGGGGUUCACAUCACGUGAGUUUGCCGGCCGGUCCUCGUCUGGUAUAAAGUUUGCAAAUCCUUCCGACACCAUGCUUGCAUGACGUGUGCACCGCCUUUUGUCCUUCAAGGCUUUCCGACUUUUUUUGGUAACUUAUCCCCAUACCGUUGUGCUCGAAACUUUGAUCGAUAAUGUGAAGUUGAAACUUUUCUUACUUUUCUGUUUUGUGGAAUUAUUACGCAUAUACUUACAGCAUUUUCGAUAAUAUUUCUCACACAGUUUGUGAAAAAACGGCCAUCCAUUCCUUAGUUUAUCUUCUAAGGUCUUUACUUUUGACCACUUGUUCGGUCAUCGUUCAGACUUCUUCAACAAUUUGGCAAUUUUUUUUGGACUGAAUUGCCAGAAGACCAUAAAAAUAGAUGCCUGAGCUCUAGCAAAAACAGUGCAGGCCUUCAUUUUCAUGAAGGAGUGGAGAAAAUAAAAGAAAACGUUAAAAAUACCAAAAUAGAAAACCUACAAAGUGGGCAGGAAAAGUAUGGCGGAAAAAAACUCGCGUGCGUGUACAGUUGGGGCAAAAAUUAAAAAAAUAUAUAAUUUCUUCAAAUUUUAGUUUGAAAUUGCUUUGAACGGUUAUUUAGAUAAAUUUCUUACCUGAAACAGUUUACAUUUGCCUAAAGAAGCAUUAAAUGCUUGGCGCAAAAUACAAUUUACAAUCGGAACAAACUUUUGAAACACCCUGUAUAUGGGUAUCUUGUGUAUAUUUCAUAUCAGUGUUAUUUGCUAUAAGGCGUCAUUAUAAUGUCUUCGUUUUAGGAGCGAUGUUGAAAAGGCUUUCGCGUCAAGGCCCAAAAUCCCUCGCACUCCUGAUCCAAGACCAAGAACUGGUACCCCACCCCCACUUGGAAGAUCAGCAUCUCCCCCAAGACCCGCCUCAAAAGAAAGCAGGCCUGCAGGUACGUUUUGUUAGUGUGGCUUCCUCGUUGUUAUCAACUUCAGAAGUUUCGGUCGGAAGGAGUUGAAAAUGAUGCUGAAAUAAAGGAUAACCAUACACUGCAUUCUAAACCAACUGUCGAGAAAACGUAGAAUUUAGAAUAAUUAGUUAUUUCGGGUGAAAAAUACCGCAUAAAAAUAAAAAUAUGUUUACCAUAUACCAAAAGUUCUAGCCAACCCUGAUAACAGCGAGGAUCACAUCUUUACUGGUUUUUAUUCAUUUUUGUUUAUCUGAAGCUCAAAUGUAAUUUGCAUGGUUUAUUCACACUCAUUGUUCAUUUUGUUGUCAAUUCAGGGACCUCGUCGUCAAGAAAAAGCAGUGGCUCAAAAAAUCAGCAAAAGACUGGGUCAAGAUAGCUAUCAAGAGUCAAACAUUCAAACAUUAAAGGAGGCUAAUGCUAAUGGCUGCUGACUCACCAAAAGAAACAUUUUCUGAUAGUUGUAAAGAAAAAGGAAAGGCGGUUUCACGCCACAAAUAUUGCUCUCUGUCACCUCUGUCCAGUCACCAUUAUUCGCCAUUAUUAUCAACUUGCCGGGGGCACGAAACAUCUUUCUCCGUUUCAUACAAUUUUAGUCCUAAAGCAUAUUCGUUUGAGUAGACAAGAAGCCAAAUAAAAGAAAUACGGUAUACAAUAAAGUGAAAGCAGAGUUUUGGAAGUCUUCUAUCAGUUUAUCGAUAACAUUUUAACAAUAAGAGGUCCUCUAGAAUUUUUCUUAAUUCAUAAGAUGUAUAAUUUUUUUUUAUGUUCCUGCAAUUGUUAACCGAUUUAAGUCCCUGAAUGUAGCAUUUAUUAAUAGAGUCAACCAUGUUUAUUUCAGGUUAAAGCUGUAAACUUAGUUAGUUUUCUGAAUUAAAUCUUCAACAAACCAC